AUGAAGCAGAAUAUAGUUCGUGUUUUGUGUUUGUUAUUGAUUUUCAUUUAUGGGUUUUCAAGUUCAAAUGGAGAUGUUUUGGAUUCGGAGAGGACAGGGAUUGUUUUGACUUCAAGUCUUGAUUUCACCGAGUCAAUUCGAGCUGGCGGAAGAUCUCUCAAAUCAUUCUCACAGUUUGAAGAUUCUACAGAAUUAGUUGCUCUCUUAAAUGGAACGAUUUAUUUUGAAGAUAAAAUUUCUGGGAGAAUUCUUUGGUCAUUUUCAUCAGGAGGGCCAACAUACUCUUCAUAUCAAGCACCAGUCAAACAUGAUAGUGAUAAAGAAAAAGGCCCAGAAGGACAUACGGGGUUCUUUUUAGAUUAUGGGGAUGACUGGCAGUUGUAUGCACAUUACGCACACUCAGGUGGAAUGAAACUUCCAAUGAAUAUUGAAGACUUUAUUAAAAUUACACCACACAUAUCAGAGGAUGGAGCUGUUAUGCUUGGGUCUAAGAAAACUACUGUGUUUGUAGUUGAGGCUAAAACUGGAAGACUUCUCCACACUUUUAAGUCCCCUGAUUCUCCAUCGUCAUUGCUGAGUAUUGAAGAAGGGAGUGGUUUACAUGAUGACCCUAACAAUAAUAAGGAUCUGCUAAAGUCUGCUUCAUCAAAUACUGCUCAGGUAAUAUACGUCUUAAGGACGGAUUAUGCACUGCAAACUUUUGGUCCAAAUUCAGACAAAGUUUCAUGGAGCACAAAAGUGGCCACAAUCGGGGCCACUUUUCUUUGUAAAGAUGUCGAGAAUCCAUCAGAAGUAUUUAACUUGAGCUAUGAGCUUGAUUUUGACACACCGUUAUCAUGUCAGUCCAGAAGGAUGGUUGUCCGACGGCAAGACAAGUCACAGUAUUCCUCUGGGGCCAUUCAUGGUGAAGAUAAGCUCCCAUUGUCUGCUCCAAAUCAAAUGCUUACUACACAGCCUGGGGCUGAGAAAUCAUUUGGUGAUCAUCAUGCAAGAAUGUUGCUUGCAGGUCCCAGUGAUCAUGGUAAAGAAAUGCUUGCUUUGCCUUCUGAUUCUGCAGUAGGUGAAGUCCAUGAUAGGUUUGGAAUGCUUCUCAUGUGGUCAACAACACGGUCCUUCAUUUUGUUUGUUGGCAUCCUGCUAUUAUGCUUUGCCUUGUACCUGAGUAAAGAAGGUUUUGCCUUGAAGGGACAGUUGAGCAGUACUGUUUUAAAAGCUUCAUCUUCCAAAAAGAAGAAAGGUAGAAAAUCAGGAAAGAACAAUGGAAGUGUUGAGAAUGGGAAUGGAAUUGCACUGGCAGAGGGUUUUAACAAAACAAUGUUGGACCUUAAUAAACUUGUUGAUGGAGGUGCCAAUGGGCACAGAAUUGGUAAGCUAUUUGUAUCAAAUACAGAGAUUGCUAAGGGAAGCAAUGGUACCAUUGUUCUUGAGGGUGUAUAUGAAGGCCGACCAGUUGCUGUGAAACGCCUUGUCCGAACUCAUCAUGAUGUCGCUUUGAAAGAAAUUCAGAAUCUCAUUGCAUCAGACAGACAUCCAAAUAUUGUUCGAUGGUAUGGGGUGGAGUAUGAUAAGGAUUUUGUCUACCUUUCUCUGGAGCGUUGUACAUGCAGCUUAGAUGAUUUGAUUCAAACAUACUCUGACUCCUCUUUAAACCCAGUCUAUGUCAAGGACCAAGCUUCCAAAGCUGCAAUUGAGUAUAAACUCCGGUUGGAUUCAGUGAAGGGAGUUAUGCAGGAUCUUAAUUUAUGGAAAGCAACAGGUCACCCUUCACCUCUAUUACUAACUUUGAUGAGGGAUAUGGUUUCUGGGCUUGUGCAUUUGCAUGAAUUGGGAAUAAUUCAUCGAGACUUGAAGCCUCAGAAUGUGUUAAUAGUUAAGGAAAGAUCUUUGUGUGCUAAGCUUUCUGACAUGGGGAUUAGCAAGCGCCUCCUUGGGGAUAUGUCUUCUUUGGGUUACCAUGCUACUGGUUGUGGCAGUUCUGGUUGGCAAGCACCUGAACAGCUUCUUCAUGGACGCCAAACACGUGCAGUUGAUUUAUAUAGUUUGGGUUGUGUCCUCUUUUACUGCAUCACUGGUGGCAUACAUCCAUUUGGUGAUCAUCUUGAACGCGAUGUAAAUAUUGUGAAAAACCAGAAGGACCUCUUCUUGGUGGAAUAUAUUCCAGAAGCUGAGGAUCUUAUUUCCCGCUUGUUAAAUCCUGACCCUGAAUUGAGGCCUAAGGCAUUGGAAGUGCUGCACCAUCCUAUGCUUUGGAAUUCAGAGCUGAGACUGUCAUUUCUUCGCGACACAAGUGACAGAGUAGAAUUGGAAGACAGGGUGUCCAACUCGGAUAUUCUAAAAGCAUUGGAGAGUAUUGCACCAACGGCACUGGGUGGUGGAAAAUGGAAUGAAAAGAUGGAGCCUGCGUUCAUCUCUGACAUCGGUCGCCACCGGCGUUAUAAGUUCGAUAGCAUUCGGGACUUGUUGCGAGUCAUACGAAACAAGUUGAAUCAUUAUAGAGAACUUCCCAAUGAAAUUCAGGAACUUUUAGGACCAGUCCCAGAAGGUUAUGAUAGCUAUUUUGCAAGCCGAUUCCCAAAGCUCCUGAUCGAAGUAUACAAGGUUGUGUGCAAAUAUUGUAGGGAAGAAGAAUGCUUUCAGAAGUAUUUCAAAAGCAAUGUUUAA